AUAUCAAAGAAUUAAUUCAUAAACUUUAACUAAGGUUUUUACACAAGGAAUAAUAUAUUGGAUAAGGUAUGGACAACAAAUCCAAAUCAACAAACUCUACUUCCACAUCAUUACUUGUAGGUACUCCUGAAGAAAUGGAGGCGAUCACCAAGUCACAAGCAUCUGGUCACACACAUGUGUAUUACACUGGAUGUGCGUCGCUUCCGACAUCUCAGAUAACUCCCACUUCCAGUUCUGAAGCAAGUUGUCUGCCGUCAGGUUCAGAACAAAGUCAAGGCUCGAUGCAAAAGGAAGCUAGCACGACACUCGGCGACUUUAGCUUUCUUCCUUAUCCACAGUAUUGUAAUUAUAAUCGCUACUGUAAUAAGCUGUUUUAUUUGCACCAAUUGUCCGUCAACCUGAGCAACUAAAGUAAUGAUUACUGAUCCAGAAUAAAAAAAGCAGUCAUGCAUAGUGCAGUUUAUUGGCAUGUUAUCCAUACCAUAAUGCAUCUAAGCAACAGCUUUCCAAAAAUCCUUUUGUUCCACAUCUCUCAUUCCCUUGA